AUGGGCGCGCUGGAGCCGGCGACGGGAGCCCCCAGCGCCGCCGUCCCCAUGCUCAGCGGCGCCGCCAGCUUCGCCAAGGAGCCGCCGGGGCCGCGGGACCCCGCGGCAGCCGCCGCCGGGUACUACGGCGAGGCGGGCGGCCCGGAGCCGGCCGCCCCGCCGCUGCCCUACGGCGCGCCCGCGGUGCCGAGCGUCUUCGGCAGCCGCUUCCUGGGGCCCUGCCCGCCUUACCGGGCGCCGGCGCCGCCCGCCGCCCCGGCCGCGGCUCCGGGCUACGCGGCGGGCGAGGGUUACGCGGGCGCGGAGCUGUACGCGGGCGCGGAGGGCGCGUACGGCCCGGGGGGGCCGCCCUUGUGCCCCCGCGCCGGGCCGCUCUGCGCCCUGCCCGGCUACCGGGCGGCCGGCAAGGUGCAGGUCAUGCUCAACAACUACCCGCUCUGGGCCAAGUUCCACAAGCACCAGACCGAGAUGAUCAUCACCAAGCAGGGCAGGCGCAUGUUCCCGUUCCUSAGCUUCAGCCUCUCGGGCCUCAACCCCGUGGCCCACUACAACGUGUGCGUGGACGUGGUGCUCGUGGACCAGCACCACUGGCGCUACCAGGGCGGCAAGUGGGUGCAGUGCGGCAAAGCYGAGGGCAACAUGCCAGGGAACCGCCUCUACGUGCACCCCGACUCGCCCAACACGGGCGCCCACUGGAUGCGCCAGGAGGUCUCCUUCGGCAAGCUGAAGCUCACCAACAACAAGGGGGCCUCCAACAACGUGGGGCAGAUGAUCGUGCUGCAGUCGCUGCACAAGUACCAGCCGCGGCUGCACGUGACGGAGGUGAAGGAGGGCGAGGGCGCGGGGAGCUGCCCGGUGCCGCACGCGCACACCUUCGCCUUCCCCGAGACGCAGUUCAUCGCCGUCACCGCCUACCAGAACGCCGACAUCACGCAGCUGAAGAUCGACCACAACCCCUUCGCCAAGGGCUUCAGGGACAACUUUGACUCCAUGUACCCGGCCUCGGAGGGCGAGCGCCUGACGCCGUCGCCGCCCGACGCCGCCGGCUGCCAGCCGCUGCUGCCCGGCGCCCGCUUCCCGCCGCUGCUGCCCGAGCCGUACGCGCUGCCGCCCGGGCGCUACUACAACGGCGAGCGCGGCGCCCCGCUGCCGCUGCCCCCCAAGGACCCCCCGCGCUGGUACUUCGCCCCCCAGCAGCCGCCCGCCGACUACGGCGCCUACGAGAGCGGCUACAGCGGCGGCAAGCUGGUGCCCUACGGCGCCAAGGCGCUGGCGCUGCCGCCCGCCGGCCACGCGCCCCUGCCCUACUACGGCGAGGGGGCCCUGGGCACGCCGGCCACAUGGAGCCCCCCGCAGUACCCGGGCAAGGGCCCCGCGCCCCUCGGCUGGUACCGGGACCCCCGCGAGGACAAGGGCAAGGAGGCGGCCGAGGCGGCGCUCUACGAGGGCGAGUGCAAGCGGCGCCGCGUCUCCCCGUACCCCGCGAGUGCCGAGAGCCCGCCGCCCGCCGCGCACCCCGGGGAGCCCCUCGAGGGCAAGGAGCCCACCGCCCAGCCCCCCUACUACGGCUUCUACGGCACCUGA